CCUUCUUCUUUGAUAGCAUUUUUUUCUAAAAUUAUUGUACUUAUGGUGUGAAAAAGUGAUCUAGAAGUUUCCGUCCUAUUUGGUUGUGCUGAAUUAAAAUUAUAGUCGGAGGACUUCUGAUCAUGUUCCGCUUCAGCUGAAAUUCCGCUCAAUUUAAAGUUUGGAGAGUCUUACCGCCUCUCGAACAAUCAAUUGACUGAAUUUUUCCGUUUUCAUUAAGUUGUAAUAUGAGAUUUUAAUGAACUGUGAAUUUCGACUGGUUUCUGUAGAUUGGAUGGAAAUAAUUAGAAUAUGGAGAAGCAGCAGGAUUUGCAAAGCUUCUCAGUUGUUUGGAGGGGACAAAAGUUUGUUGUUGAGAUGAAUCAAGGCGCCACUCUUAAGGAGUUAGGUGAUAAGCUGCGAGAAGUCACGCUGCUCGUUCCGGUUGAGAAAAACUCAAAGCUGCUGUAUCCUUUUUCUGAUGAACAUUCUUGGUCUCGGAUGAGCUUGGAAACAGCAUCAAUUCUUAAGGGAAAAGCUAUUAGAAUGAUGGGAGUGCCCAAAGGUGAGGUUGAUGAAGUCCUACAAAAGGCAAAGGUAGACCUGAGGAUAGCUGGGUUUGAUGAAGAAGAAAGGAGAUUGAAGCACAGAAUUUCCCGAAGAUCAUAUAACUCACUGAAACUUCCUCAAGGAAAUUAUAUCUUUUGUGAUUUUCGAACACUUAGCCUUACUGGAAUAUUUUGUUAUGUUUUUCAGUACUCAAUAAUCAAUAUUCGUGUCUGCUAAUCAGUUUUGAACUUUUCUAAUUUACGUGGAGAGCCGUGUUUUAGGUAAUGGUAAAUGAUGCAUUAACUAGGAUUUGAAAUCCAUAUUAGCUAACUGAUGUUUUCUGGAUAAUUGCAGUUGAACCCUCCUGCAUCGAAGGCACUAGAACUGCUGCAUAAGCUUGCUUCAGAUCCAGGAAUUGUUGCAAUUAUG